AUGGCUACUCAACUACGUGACACCCAGCUUGGACUCGUCGUCCGUCUUCUCUCUGGCAGAAGGCUUUUCGCUUAUCCAGACCAGCUCGAUGGCUCUUUGUGGAAGACAUUCCAGGCAAACACCACGCAUCCAUCUGAAGAAGACCUAGACGAAGAAGCAAAAGUAUCAGCACAAGCAUCUAAAUCAGACGGAGACGUGGUGUUGGUGGGCUGGUACGAUGCUCACGAUCCAGAGAAUCCGCAGAACUGGCCAAGCUGGUGCAAGCUGCUCAUCGUUUCCGUGAUAUGCCUGAUGAACUUCGCUUUCUACUUGGCCAGCUCGAUUGUUACCCCGGCCUUCGAGUCGACAAUGGAGGAUUUCGGCGUGAGCCAGACCGUUGCGACGCUGGGUCUCUCUCUCUUUUCUCUCGGCUAUGGUCUUGGCCCAAUGCUGUGGUCGCCUCUCGCGGAGAUGCCAAAGGUCGGCCGUCGGGACCUCUACUUCUUCACCAUGCUCGCAUUCGUCCUCCUUCAACUCCCAACGGGCUACGCAAUAAACGUGCCAAUGUACUUGGUCUUCCGUUUCAUCGCUGGCUUCGUCGGAUCACCAGCGUUAGCAGUCGGAGGCGCCACAAUUGGAGACAUGUAUCAGCCGGCGCAGUUGGCAUACGGUUUCACCAUCUACGCCACCUUUGGCGUAUUUGGUCCCGUUUUCGGACCUCUACUGGGUGGGUUCGCAGCUCAGGCGAGCGGAUGGCGGCUUACCAUCUGGAUCAUUGCCUGGCUUGGAGCGUUCACGGUUAUUGUGCUGUUCUUUUGCAUGCCGGAGACAAGUGCUGCGACUAUCCUCUACAAAAGAGCAAAGAGACUGAGGCAAGCGACCGGCAUGCAGAACCUGCGAUGUCAGUCCGAGAUCGAUGCUGCCGAAUAUACCGCGAAAGACCACAGGGCAGCGCUUCUGCGGGCCUUUACACUGACCUUUGGCGAGCCUAUUGUGUUCUUGUUCGAUCUUUAUACUGCCUUGCUGUAG